UCUUUAUUUAUGUCUUUUGAUCUCUAGCAGCAACUGGGAAAGAAAAAAAAAUCCUGACAACAUCUAUUCAAACGUGUAUGGUCAGCAUCAUGAAGCUCUGGACACCUCUCCUCAUAAUGCUCGUGUGUACCGUGCUCCUGUCUGUGCUGGGAGGAAUGAAGGAAAAACAUACCCACGGGGAGGAAAUGUUACUUGCAGAGUGCUGGGGAGAGCCAAAGAUCCAUGAAUGUGCCAAGAAGUGUACCAGAACCUUUAAGUGCAUAGAAAGAAAUCACACGUGCUGCUGGACCUACUGUGGAAACAUCUGCUGGGAAAAUGCAGUAAUCAAUGAAAGACUGCUAAAACCCUAA